AUGAAGCCCAUUCUGUAGCUCCCAGUCCUGCUGGGGGCUUUGUGGAUGAUUUUGGAAGGUUCAGCCCCAGCCCAAGGGGCUCCCGACAUCAGCAGUAUCUUGGACCACAUUCUAGAAAAGGUGAAGGAGUUGAAGACCCUGGAGGAGAAGACCCAGCAUGUCACUGAUCACAUCAAACAGAACAGCAUUCCUGACAGUUCUGGCACGGGACUUUCAGAUGUGCUCCCCGAAGUAGAGAAGGGACUUAAGAAUCCUUCCUCUUGA